GAGUGGAGAAGCCCCUGGGCCUGAGGCGCGCGCGGACGCUGCAGGCCGGAGGCAAGAAGCCCCGGGGCGUGGACGUGCUCGAGGAGCGCGCGAAGGCCAGCAUGGCCGAGGAGAAUCAGGCCCUGAAGCGCCUCCAGGUGGAGAUGCGCUGCCGCCUGCGGGAGCUGGAGGUGCAGGCGCGCGGCCACCAGGAGGAUCCCUGGGCGGACCCGCGGGCGCUCGACGACGGCGAGGGCCCCUUCGAGCGGCUGUCCGAGGCCAUUGCUGGAUCCGCCCAGGCACGGCGGCGUUCGAGCACCUCCCCGGCGCCGCGCCGUCCCGCCCAGCAGCGGGGCCGCCGACAGUUGCCGCAGCGGCGUCCCG